UCUCUAUCCUCUGAAAACUGCUUUACUUUGUUUAUAUAGAGAUGUUUAGAGCAGGAUCAGUCGGGAAAAAGUCGACAGCGGAGUAUAUUGAUUGGGACGAAAAUGAUAAUGAAAUUGAGAUGUGUGGUGACAUUGAAUGGGACGAGAAGGGACGCACCAAGAUCUCUCGCAUAUACAUUGCUUUCGACGAAGUCAUAAGGUCUUUUCAGUUUGGCUAUUUGGAGAAUGGAGCUCUAGUCCUGUCUGCAAAGUAUGGUCCCUCUGAGGGAUACAACAUUCGAGUUGUGAGAUUGAAUCAAGAUGAAUAUGUAACUGGAUUGAGUGGAGUGCUAGGCAUGCGUGGAGGAAUCAGAAAUCUGACAUUUCACACUAACCGUGGGAAGCACGGACCGAUUGGUCGUUCAAGCGAUGGUCAUCCAAGUGCAUAUGAAAUAGAAAUUGAUCCGGCAAUAAGUGAUCCACGUGAGUUUGGUGGUUUCUUUGGAUCUUGCAGUUUACACAAUCUGUCAUCGAUUGGUAUCUACGUGAAUCCCAAUGGAACGUUGGACUCAGAGGUUCAACCUUGAAAUCUUUGACCAAGCAACGUUUUGUUCAACAGUCGCCUAGUUCAAGUUGAUGUUGAGUUGUUUUAUCUAAAUAAGCUCUAGUGGAGCAAUGUUUUAGUUUCAUCUUUUUAAUUCUCAACUACUCUCAAGUAAUAAAAUGGUCCUUUUCUUCUUUAUGAUUUGUCUUUGUCAAUUGUGUACAACAAAUGUCUGAUUUAAAU